AGUAAGCUGUCAAAAGCUUGUUGCUUAAAUCUGUGCAGUGCCACAAAGUAAAGAAGAAAUUAGGUCGGACACGGAGAGGAAAUAACAAGCUUUAAUUCUGAGAACAGAACCAGAAUUAAUUGGGUUGUCGAAGGGACGUUUCGGGAACACUUGACAUCUUGUUUUUCCUUAGUUCAGCUGCCGUGUCGUGUGUCCUAGCUGGUGCGUGAUUGCCGUAUCCUCCGGGAAGCUGCUGGUUCGUGAUGAUGAGGUCACCAACAGAAAGUGCCUUUGAGAAGAUAUCCCCGACCUGAAGCUGGCCUAUGCUUUCUUUACAGUCGCACUCAAAUACCAACACAGGAUACCUCAGCUUCAAGUCGCUGGUCAUCAGUUUGCACAACUUCAGCAUCUAAUAGAGUGCUAAAUUUGAGCCAUAAUAUUAAAGGAUAAGCGGACGGAGAAUAAUGACCUGAGAAUGUAUAACUAAAGUGGCAUCAUCAGCUGUGGAACAAACGCUCAAACGUGUUGUAGAAAAAGAAAAAAAUGUCUGCAGUUUCUUUUUGAUGGACAAUUUCACAACGAUUGACCAGCCUUCCCGUUUUUCUGCUCCAGCUGAUGGAGGCCGUCAGCUGUCCUCAGGUUGUUUUAGAAGAGGACAGGACUUGCGCUUACAGUUAGAUGCUCUGAUUAAUCUACAGCCUUUGGUGUUUAAGUCUUUAGACAAUUAGACUGACUUCAGAUUUAUUGUAUAGUGAAAAACCUUUGGACAUGGCGUUAAAUCUUUCUUCAGUACGAGACACAAAGUGGCUAACUUUGGAAGUCUGUCGACAGUUUCAACGAGGAAACUGUUCACGUAGCGAUGAGGAAUGCAAAUUUGCUCAUCCGCCGAAGAGCUGCCAAGUCGAGAAUGGGAGAGUUAUUGCCUGCUUUGACUCACUGAAGGGCAGAUGUUCAAGAGAAAACUGCAAGUAUCUCCAUCCACCUUCGCACUUAAAAACCCAGCUCGAGAUAAACGGGCGCAACAAUCUCAUCCAGCAGAAGACGGCAGCAGCUGUGCUCGCACAACAGAUGCAGCUCAUGAUCCCUGGACCCGGCUUGCAGCCUGUGCCAACAUUUCCUGUUACACAGGGACUUGGCACCAAUACUGGUCUUGGUUAUGGUUCGUACAUGACACCCCUGAGUCAUGGGAUGAGCCUCAUUCCUUCAGACAUCCUCUCCAGCACCCCGGUCCUUGUUCCUGGGAGUCCACCAGUCACUGUCCAGUGUUCCUCCUCUUCCUCUUCCUCUUCUUCUUCUUCUCCUUCUCAGAAGCUGCAGCGCACAGACAAACUAGAGGUGUGCCGUGAGUUCCAGCGGGGAAACUGCGCGAGAGGGGAGACAGAUUGCCGGUUUGCUCACCCCAGUGACAGCCCAAUGAUUGACACCAUUGACAACACUGUCACUGUUUGCAUGGACUACAUCAAGAGCCGCUGUUCCAGGGAGAAGUGCAAGUAUUUUCACCCGCCUGCGCACUUGCAGGCCAAAAUCAAAUCCAGUCAACAACAAGUCAAUCAGACGACCGUGGCAGCACAGGCCACAGCUGCAGCCGUGACUCAGUCGACUGCCAAAGCAAUGAAGCGACCCCUCGAGGCAACUGUAGACCUGGCCUUUCCCCACAGUGUCCUGCAACCCUUACCAAAGAGACCGGCUCUUGAAAAGAGCAGCUGGGCCAGCUCUCUUCUCAGCCCCAGCUUAUUGCACUACCAACAGGCUCUGGCCAGCACACAGUUGCAGCAGCCCACUGCAGCAUUUUAUCCCACAGGUUCUGUCUUGUGCAUGACUCCCGCUAACAGCGUCGAUCAUCCUCAAGUAACCACCAGAAACAGUCGUCAGUGCCAUGUUGCUGCUGUUAAAGGUCCCAAACAGCCAUUCUGUAAAUAUCCUGUUAACACCACACACGACAUACGACAAGCUGCAUGCUGACAACAUCACUGAUGAGAAAACAUUAACGUGGCCUCUGAUAAACUCCAUGUAAUGGCUCAGUUACUAGGAUUAUACUAUGUUAGGUGUCACUGCUGUAUGUGCACACCUUUGCACCUGCAUUAACAUGAAUCCUGCAUAAUAUGUCUGUUUCCUAAACCAGUUCUGAUGAGGUUCCGGGUGCGUUUAGCCUCUUAUCGACCUGAAAUGGAAAGCCCAGUGAAUACAAGGGGCGCUUCUGAACAAACUCCACCAGAAAACACAUCAAACUGAAAACAGGCAGUGCAGUUACAGUAGUAAACGCUUAAUACUAACCGGUAUGUAAAACAAUAGAAAAGUUGCUCACUAUACAUUUUAUAUACAUUUUAAGUGGAAAGGAUGACUGAUGUAGUCUGAAAUCAGUUUUCAGUGUGUACAUGUUAAUGUCAGUUGUAAAGGGGUCCUAUAUUGGAGAUUGUCAGGUUUUUUUCAACCUUAUAUUGAACAAAAUAUGAUUUCUUUUCUUUUUCAGUGGGUUAUUUAAACUAAGAAAGUUUUGUUUUUCACAUCCGUGAUUGUUUUAUCUAGUGCCAGAUUUAAAUAUUUUUAACAAAUUGGCGAAAAGCACUUGUUUUACCUUGAAACUCCAUAUUUUAGAAACACAAUUUGAACUUUUAAACGCUCUGAGGGUCGUCCUCUCUGUACUUUACCCAGUUAUCCCCAGAGAACUGGAUCAGUGCUCCACCUCCUGGUGUGCCUUUGCAUUGCAUAUACAGGUUGUUUGUUAGGAAAAUACUGUGCAAUUUAUUUGAUCCACAAAUAUUUUUUUCUAAAUUACCCCCAGUUUAUUAUCUGGAUGAUCAGUUAUUCUGAUAUAUGACUUAUUGAUGAAUCUGUAAGUAGAUUUCACUCGUUCAACUUGACAUAAACAAACCACAUUUCUUAGAAGAGCCUCCACAUCCAUGAAAGUAGACUCAGUAAAAGGGUGUGCUCAUAUUCAAACUAGAGUUCUUGUGAUCCUAUAAGGAUUGUGUGUUGAGUAUCGUGCGGACUGUCGGUCAUAAUGUUACAGUCACUUGUCAGUACUGUAUAAUUUGAAUGUUACAAGUGCCUAAGGAAUUGUGCAUGCAAUGACAUCUAAGCAUAUUUAAAGGCGUUGUGUGGAAGUCACUCAAUUAAAUCUAUUAAACUUAAGUCACAGACGUUAGAAAUAAAUGUACAUGUUUUGCAAUGCCAUGUCAGUGCAUUAGUAUUUUGUGUACACCUGUUCAGAUUUAGUCUUACGAUUAAUUUCACUGAUGCUCAAAUGUGUAUGUAUGUACUAAGUAUAAGAGUUAAUAUCCAGUUUUGUUUUCUUUUUGUUUCACUUUUAGGAUGAUAAAGUAGUUUACGACAAGGUAAAAUACUUUUUGUGGUAAAGUAGAACCUAAGGAGGAAACGUAGUCACGUAUGAUUGAUGCCACAUUAUGCAAUUAGCCACCUCUGUGUGAACCUCACAGCCGACAGAGUGGACGUUGUGUCUGGUUAAGUCAAUAAUUAUUUCUUCUAUGUGCUGUUCUUCUGAACCUCUUUCGUUAAUGGUUUUAGUUCCCUAUUUGCAAGCAGCGUGUACAAAUGUCAACCUUUCCUUCAGAUGUUUUCGAUGACUUUUCAAGAGAUAUGGCAUUUGUUCACUUUUUCAUUAUGUACUUUCCUUAUGAAAUGUUUUACACAUUAUUAAUAGAAUAUAUGAGUAUAAUUGCAUAUUUUACUAGUUUAACAUUAGCUAGGUACACUUUUAAAAAAUGUAUUCUCCUCUGUUUUAUGAUGAAUGUAAUUUAUUAAACUGACUUUAUCUCUGCUGGAGGUUCCUCAAAGGACCUUAAUCUGUUAGCCUGAAAAACCGUCUUGUGUCCAGGAAAUGAAUGUCAGAGAAAAAGAGAAGCUUAAAGCAUUUCAUCCUUGUUGUUGUCACCUGUAAGGCACAACGAAUCUUUGUUUGAGCAAGGCCAUAGAAUUGCUUUUUUUGUGUGUGCAAAAGUGCAUUGUACAGGCUGCGUUUUAUGAGAAAAAAAAGUAAUUUUCACAAUGGUGUAACAAUAGUUUGUCAUUAAAUUGUUUGAUUUGUUGCUGAGGCAAUCUGAAGUUGCAGUGAUAAAAGCCGUAUUUUUGUAGGUGAUGAACUCGUCGUCUCUCCUCACAGUGACACAGUUAGAUUCUACAUUGGGAUAUUUUGCGUUAUUAUGUAAUGGUGAAACAACACUGUGUGUGAUGCAGUGCAUAAAAAAAAGUAAUGUUUGAAAUGUUAAUUUUGUGUUUCCCCUGCAUGGUAACAUCUUGCAGUAAAAAUAUCCCGUCUGUUGAUCGCCUCAUUCAGAAAGCCAGGUGUUGAUGGUUCAGCAGCUGUUUAAAACGUUAUUCGGUUUUCAAAAUACGAUCGCUUUAAAGGUUUAGUUUGUCAUUAGAUAGAUGACAUUUUCUCCUUAUUUAUUUUACCUGCAACAAAAAAACAACAACAAAAAGGCAUAUUUCUGAAUGUUUGUGUUACCUUUUGGGCAAAAAGCUUGAAUGUCAUGGAUACACCUGCACGCGGAGGUUGUUUGAGAUUUUGAUCACCCAGUCAAAAAGAUAUGGACACGAAGAAUGUUUGGUCUGACUGACUGACGGAAACAUUUCUCUUAAGCACUUUCUCACCAGUCAGACGACUGAGAAGACAUUGCUUUUUGUGAACUUUGCCUUAUCUUUGAUCUAUUCACACGUUUGUAUUUGUUCAGUAAUCAUGAAUUUCAUGCUAUCUAAUAAAUAAAAUCCACUGAACCUUUCUCUUAAAUUAUAUCACAUUAGCUUUUAGUUUGACACCACGAUUAGAGACCAAACGCUAUCCUGAAAGGCUAGAUGUUGAUGGGAUUGGCUCGCUCGCCAUCGUAAAUGAGUGUAUUAGCAAACCCCAUGAAGCUGUCAUGGCAGUUCGAUUUGGUUCCAUUCUGGCCUGAAUAUAAACAUUUCCCAGUUUGUUUGUUUCUUUUUAUUUUAUUUUUUAAUAUUAGUGAAAAUGAUUUGUGCAUAAUUAGACAUUUCACGUGGAUAGUUCUGUUCCUGUAAAUUCUAAAUUGUGUAAAAUCUGAUAUUGCAAAUAAAUAAAUAAAUAAAUGUCAUGUAAAUGCCA